CAGGCGCAGGUACAUGCUUUUAAAUGCUGUAAUCCAGACUGCAAAGUGAGUGCAGGUUGUGUGGAAGUCGCCAUUGAGAGGAAUGCUAUGCAGAGCCUACUGUGUAGCAAAUGGAGUGUGCAGUCGAACAGCCAGAUGUUCCUCUCAUGUGAUUAGAUCAUAAGAACCUGAUCAACAAUGGGACGUUUUUUGGCUGAUCUGCUCAUACUGCUGCUGAUUUCUAUAGGACACGUUUACGCAGUUUCCUUCUAUGGAAAUGGCUACAUCCACCUGCGAACAAUAGAAAAGUCCAUUCAGACGUUAAUCCACGUACGAUUUCGUACCUCGUGCCAGUCUGGGCUGCUGUUUUUGGCAGCGGGACACCGGGACUUUUUACUUCUUGAGCUGAUGUCUGGACGCCUCCAGGUACGUCUGAACCUGGGCUCAGGUGAGCGGUCGCUACGUUCGGAGAGGGGCACCCAUCUUAACGAUCUGGCUUGGCACACAGUGGAACUGAACCACACACACCACAACGUCAACAUGAUUGUGGACCGAACCUCUCGCACCACUCUCCGAAUGCCAGGACCAGAUUUGGAGCUCAGCAUCGAGGACGGGCUCCUUGUUGGCGGGACAGCCGGACUAAACCACCCUUACCUUCGAAACAUCUCGGCUGGGUUUAGAGGUUGCUUGGAUGAGGCCGUCUUCAAUGAACACAACCUACUGUCCAGCCUUCAGGCACAUUCUGGGCACAAGAGCAUCCACGAGGUGUCCCAGGGUUGUAGUCCACAGUUUUCAGCAACAGAAGAAGAUCCUGUCAGGUUCUCCAGCUCUAAAGCGUUCAUCUCUCUUCCACAAUGGGAAGUCCUCCAAGAGGGCACGUUUGAGUGUGAACUUCACCCUUCGUGGAAAGAUGAAAAUGGACUUGUGUUGUACAGCUCUGGGAGUCAAGGAGGGUUCGUCUCCAUCGAGAUCAGAAACGGUCACCUUGUGGCAUCGCUGGGAAACGGAGAGGGUAGUAAAACCGAGCUGCACUCACUGACACAUGUCUACAGCAAGCACACUUGGUACCCCAUCCAGCUGCUCCUGCUACCUGAUAGCAUCCAGCUGAAGGUGGGCAAGGAGUUGGUGAAGGCCAGCCUGAGUCAGGAGCUCCAGGCCAUCCAGCUCAAAGGGCCUCUCUUCCUUGGAGGGCUGGAUGACGUUGCUCUGGGAAAAGCAAGAAGUGCAGGAUUUUCAUCUGUUCCUUUUGGAGAAGGAGAAGGAGGAAGAUCAUUUAAAGGCUGCCUCCAAAAAAUUAGGGUGAACACUCAAAAAAGUGGCUUACCUCAUGCCAUGGUCACCAAGGACGUUACUGUGGGCUGCAACGUAGGCCAAGCCCCAAAGGUAGUGAUCCUUUCCAGUCCAACAGACCUCCCGGAGUUUGAUGUUACCACUUCGCAGAUGACCAGCAACAAGAGAGACACAAAACUACUGCUGCUUCGAACGCUGGAGGUAGCCGAAGGAGGCCAGGCGCUGCUUGAACCCAAACACAUGAAGGUGAAUCUGGACUUUCGCAAACUGGGGAUCCAUCCAUCACAGCUGAUGUGCCUCGUCGUGGAGCCCCCCGUUCACGGUCAGCUGCGUUUGAAUCCCAGCCCAGAUCCAAACGGGUUGCCCGAGGAAACGCAGGAAAGGACCAUCGGAAUAGGGGCAGAGGAGAAGGAUCGAACUUUCAGCAUGCUGGACCUGUGGCAGGGCCGGGUUAUGUAUGUCCACAGUGGCUCAGAGGACCAGAAUGACUUCUUCACCUUUUCGAUCUUCUCUAACAAUGAGAAGGAAUUGCCCAUAUUCCCAGAAGACAGUCAUCUGCACCGGUUUAACAUCAGCAUCGCUCCAGUUAACGACGCUCCUGUCCUCAGCUUGCCACAAGGGAACCUUUUUACUCUGCCGGAGAAGUCCAAACGACAGUUGACUACAGACAUGUUGAGAGUCUCAGACCCUGACAGCAGUCCUGAGGAUCUUGUUUUUAGCUCAAUGGGGAACCUCAAUUCGGAGGCUGGUUAUCUGGAGAACCAAGAUUACCCCGGCAGGCCCAUAAACGUGUUCUCUCUAAAUGAUCUAGAGGAGGGUAAGAUCUGCUUUGUACACACAGGAGUUUCUGCCUCCAGGCUGGUCCUCAGAGCCAGUGAUGGACAUAAAGUCAGCAACGCAGUAGUUUUGAGGAUCAUGGCGGUGACACUCGAAUACAAACUGGUGAAUAAAACUGGACUGGAGGUGAACCAGGGGGAAGCUGCCAUCAUCAGCAGCAGUCACCUUGCUGUAUGGGUCAAUGUGGCAGACAGUUCAGUAGACGUGUGGUUUGACGUAACAGAGUUGCCACAGUUUGGUGAGAUCCAGAGGUUGCACUCAAGUGGCGAAUGGAAAUCCACCACCUUUUUCUCACAGAGACUAUUGGAAAAGGAAAGAAUCCGAUAUAUCAACACCUACCAGGGAAUUCAGACUCAGGGCAACAUCACAGACCAGUUCAAAUGUAAAAUAGUCAUCACAUCAACAGCCAAAGAGGAGGUUGUUUUCCCCAUAGAGAUCCGCUGGAUUCAACUGAAGGUAACGCGGAGCAAGAUGGAAGUGACUGGCCUUGAGAGCGCCGUUCUCACUCCUGAAGACCUUCACGUGAUUUGUAAAGGUGUUAAACUGAGCGAGAGUGACCUUUUCUUCAGAGUCCUGACAGUUCCAAAGAAGGGUCGCUUGUUCCUCAACCAGAAGGUUCUGCAGAGGAACUCAACCUUCAGCCAAGAGAACGUCACAGAGGGUUUGGUCAAGUACGAACUCUUCAACAGGCUGCACGAUGACGCGAGAGAUUCCUUCAGCUUCCAGGUGUUUUCUACUCACGCCGCUUCCACGCCUUAUGACUUCAGAAUCAACAUUAGAGCCGAGUCAAGUGCAGCGACGAUUGUAAAUAAAGGCCUUUCAAUCCUCGAGGGAGCAAGCAAAGUAAUUACGAAGGACAUUUUGUUCACUCACGUGGCGAGUAACCGGGAGGUUCAUUAUAAUGUCACAGUGAGGCCCAGGCACGGGCAGUUACGAAAGAUCAACCUGUCCAACUCGACUUCCAUCAACGACAACAUAGCGACGUUCACCAAUCGGGACAUCACGGAGGAGCGGGUCAUGUACGUCCACGACGACAGCGAGACCAAACAGGAUUCCUUCGUGUUUCAAAUCGCCGUGUACAAACCGCACAAACACGCGACCAAGAAGGAGGACGGAAACGCCGCGGAGCACACCUUCAACAUCUCCGUGCAGCUCGUCAACGACCAGAGGCCAGUCAGGGUCGUCGAUAAGGUCUUCCACGUGGCCCGCGACGGACAGAGGUUGGUGACGCUAAAAGACCUGCGUUAUCGUGACGAUGACUCGGACUUUGAGGACAGCUGGCUGGUCUACACGCGGAGGGGGAUCCCAAUGGGGGAGCUGGUGCUGGCCAGUGAUCCCAGCCACAGGCUGUACGAGUUCACACAGCGGGACCUUGAGCAGAACAAGGUGUUGUUUAUCCACGGUGGGGUGAGUUUUGGACGCUUUGUGCUUUUCGUGACAGAUGGGAAACAUUAUGUUUCAGCGUUGCUGGAGGUGAUGGCGCAAGAUCCAUACCUGCAGGUGGAGAACAACACGGGUCUCAUGGUCCAGCAGGGUGGGCUUGCAGCCCUGACUUCUGUUAACCUCAGCGUCAUCAGCAACCUGGACAUUCGGGACCCUCAAGAAGUGACUUUCGAAGUUUACGUUCCACCUAAACACGGCGUGCUCUGCCUUAAUGACGGGCAGAAGGAGGCGAUCAUAGGAACCGAUGCCAUUUCAGUCUUUACCCAGAGAGACCUGGUGGCGGGGCGCCUGGCCUACCACCACAGCGGAGGGCACGAGUUGCUGGAUGUUUUCAACGUGACGGCGAGAGCCAGAGAAAGAAGCACAGAGAGGCUGACUGAAAGAGGGAGGAGAGAGGUGCAGCUGGAUAUUGGAGUGCCGGUGAAAAUAUAUUUAGAGAGUCACCACAGGCCUCCAACCGUUAAAACCAACCGUCCAGUCGUGGUGGCCGAGGGACAGAAUACCUCCAUAAGCAGAGAAGAUGUAGAGGUGGUGCAUGAGGACAGUCUACCAUCAGAGAUAGUCUUCACCGUCCAAGUCCCUCCUACUGUGGGCAUCAUUUAUAGAUCAUCUGCCAACAAAAAUCGAGAAAAUGUACAAGGAGAAAAGCAGGACCUUGUAAAGGGUUUCAAGGAGCAGCCUACAACUUCCUUUACACAAGAAGAUCUCAACCAUAGAUCAAUUAUGUAUCAGCAUCAGGGUGCAGGAAGCAUCAAUGACACUAUCAUCUUGGAAGCAACCAAUGGGGUGACAAAGGUUGGGCCUAUCAGGGUGGUGAUAGACGUCAUACCUAUCCUGCUUCCCCUACAGGUGUUGAACCUGACCCUGGAUGAAGGGUCCUCCCUGCCUCUCACAUCAAGCAUUAUCCAGGUUGCCAGUCAUCACUUUUCAGGGUUGAAUUUCCUUUACCAGGUCAUUAUUCCACCGAAGUUUGGACACUUGGAGCACAGCCGUAUCCCAGGGAUGCCCAUCAAUGCUUUUACGCACACAGAGGUGGAGCGGGAGUACAUCUCCUAUGUCCAUGAUGGCAGUGAAACACUGAAGGACAACUUCACAAUUAUAGCCAAUCAAACAGAGAUGAAAAAGCACAGCUUGCCAUCCACUGUUUACAUCACAGUCACACCCGUCAAUGACGAGACCCCUGUUGUGACCACCAACCGUGGCCUAAAGGUGUGGGUGGGUUCUGUCACAGAAAUAAGCACCGACGAACUCAGUGCAGAUGACUCAGAUACGCCCCCUGAGGGCCUGGAGUUCGUCGUCACCCCCCCGAGCAACGGUCACUUGGCUCUGAAGCGCGCUCCCUCCAGACACAUCCUGAACUUUACCCAAAAUCAUAUCCAGAGCAGACAGCUGGUGUUUGUGCACAGCGGUCCACUAUCAGGGGGCUUUCACUUUCAGGUGAACGAUGGGGUUAACUUUGCUCCUCGGCAGAUCUUCAGCACCACGGCCCACGCUCUGGUACUUACUUUACAGAAGAACCAUCCUAUGGAGGUUUACCCAGGCUCUGUGACUCCGAUCUCAGAGCAGGAGCUUCAGGUUGUUACAAACAACGUCAGUGACAUCAGAAAGAACCAGUCCGUGGUUUUUGCCGUGACCGCUCCUCCCAAAUUUGGUCGCCUGGUCCGGAGAAUGCCCGAUGAUUCUUUCAGAAAUAUUUCCACAUUUACUCAAAGCAUGGUGAAUGACGGCUUGAUCCUGUAUGAUCAGAACAAGCCAGAGUCAGUCGGGUGGUCAGCGGCAGACUCCUUCUCUUUCACCGUGUCCUCUCCUCCGGCUUUUCUGCCUCCGCACACCUUCACCAUUUUGAUUUCCUACCAAGCCAACGAACACCUCGGCAGUCCUCAACAUAGAACUAGACUGCUAAACAACGCAGGUGCCGUAGUGGCUGAAGGAGGCCGGGUGACAAUUGACCGCUCCAAGCUCGAUGCCUCCAACCUGCUGGGAAACCUUCCAGAGUUCCACAGAAAGAACCACCACAUCAUGUACCGAGUGAUUUCUCUGCCCCGGCACGGAGCGCUGACCAUACAGGGACACAAUCUCACCAGGAGCCAGACAGAUUUCUCACAAGCCACCCUGAACAAGUUCGGCAUCAUGUACCUCCACGACGACUCAGAGACGACAAAGGACAGCUUCACCUUUCGAGCCUGGGUGGCCCCUUUGCAUCAUUCCUCUUCCUCGCUAUCCUUGUCUGCCUUUUCCUCCGACUCCUCGUCUUCCACCUCAUUCUCCCCUCCCCACUCUUCAUCGUCGUCAUCCUCCUUUCCGGCUCUGGGCACUGCCUCUCAUCGCCACGCUGCCGCGGACACAGUGGCAGUGACAGAGAUGUUCAACAUCACGGUGACGCCCGUCAACGACCACCCUCCGCUGAUCAGGAGCAGAGCUCCCAGCAUGAAGGUUGUGGUUGGGGAGAGAGUCAUCCUCGGACCUGACAACCUCCAGGUUGAGGACCAUGACACUCCACCAGAGGAGCUACACUACCUUGUGAUCAGUAAGCCCAACAACGGGUACCUGACGUUGGGAGAAAGACCAGAGCCAGUGACCUCUUUCACCCAAUACGACGUCAACCACGGCCGACUACAUUUUACGCAGCAGGGUGAGGUCUCGACUGGGGUUUUCUACUUCAACGUGACGGACGGCCAUCACCGACCGCUCUACAAACUGUUUAGCUUGGAGGUGGUUAAGCCGUCUGUAUCCAUGGUCAACAACACCGGGUUGUCGUUUGUGCAAGGCCGCACGGCGGUGGUGCUGACAACCAAUCAGCUGGCGGCUCAAACCAACGGUCAGAGGCAGGCCAAUAUCUCCUAUACAGUCACCAAGCACCCACGCCAUGGUCGCAUUGCUAUCAACGACCAGGAGGUCACCACCUUCCGGCACGAGGACCUCCAGUUAGGUCGGGUUGUCUAUCACAUGACUGAUCUCAGCGAAUCAGAGGACAGCUUCCAGAUAUCAGUGUCAGCCUGGUCCACUGGUGUUGACUAUGGGAGAGUAACGGGGCAGACUGUUAAUGUUACUGUGAGGCCUCUGGUCUACCUCAGAGAGCCGGUUAGGGUCCCAAGUGGUAUCGCAGUGAAAUUGGGCAAAGCCAUGAUUGAUGCCUCAGAGCUUGCCAGAAUCAGCAGAGUCGAUCCGGUCUUUGAGGUUCUUUCUCCACCGAAACAUGGAAAAUUAGUCAAGAUCACCUACGACCCCAACCAUGCAUCAGAGGCGCUGAGGUCAUUUACUUUCAGGGACGUGGUGCAGGGCCGAGUUGCCAUCGAAGAGACUCUCAGUGACGCCGACAGCCAGAUCCACAAUAACGAAUCCUCGCUCACAAAAGCCCUCGGCCACACACCAGCCACGCCCCUUAACGAUUCCUUCACCUUCCUGCUAAAGGCUGGAAACGUCCAGCCGGCAAAGGGUGAGCUUCACUUCACCAUCUUCCCCCACCACCAAAUGCGUCAUGGCACGAGAGGUUUCCACAAAGCGCGCGGCGCAAGUCACGAACGCACCACCGCCCAUUUGGGAUUACACAACAGAACGACUCUCGGAGCUGGGCACGGAGAGUCCGUGAUGCACAGUACGACUGCUGAGAGCUUGCACCCGUACGUUCUGUCGAAUAAAAACCACAGCAAGACCCAGCGGAAGGUGAAGCACCACGGCCGCUGGGGGAACCGUACGCGCAGUCACGGGGGAAGAACAGGGGGCGGCCCAGACGUAGCAGUAGAAGGGCACACUCACGCCCCACAGCCUCACACUCCUCCCGUCCCAGAAAUGCAGGUUCCAAUAAGCCCUCCAAUCCCCGACCUGGUUCAAGUCGAGAUCCUCCCCCGUCCUGCCUCUGACCCGCUCCUCAUUAUCCUGCCGCUGCUUGCCUGUUUGCUUCUCAUCAUAAUCCUCGUGGUUCUGAUUCUGGUGUUUCGCCACCGCAAAGAGAAACAAGCUCGGCGGCGGCUGAUGCACGAACUGGCUGCAAUGCAGCUGCCCAGCGAGGACAGUCCGUACAUGGGACGGCCGGAGAGAAGUGUGGCCAUGCCCAACGUGCUGGUCACCCAGCUAGGCUCUGCAAGUUGCCCCACCUCCCCCAGGAUACCCAUGAGCCCCAGGAGGAGUCUGGCUCCAGGAACGACCUUCUGGGGGCCGUUUGAAUCUGAUUCAGCGGGUAGAGAUGGAAGCGUCAGAGGUCGUAACAGUAGCCAAAGAGAUACUUUAGGUCAUGGUAAUAUGCCCCAAGUUUUUCCUGCAGAAUAUAAAACCUCUUGGAGAUCCCGGUCCCCUACACCAACUCUUAAAGACGGCCAGUACUGGGUUUGAAGACAAGUCAUUCGUACACAAACUGUGCCUUAUAAAGCAGUAUUAAUAGAUGUGUUUGCUUUCUACGGGCCCUAUGUGGCAUUUCAGGCCCAUCUAACUUAUGUGUUUAGAAAAGACCAAAUGUACGUUUCUAAUUUAGUUAGUCUGACUUCGGUUUUUAUUUUUAGCUUUUACGAUGAAAGUUUCAUGCGACUAUUCGUGUCUUAGGGGCAAGAGUUUCUGGGGUUACAGUCAAAUAAAUUAACAGGGAAGGCUAUUAUUGUAAUUUUGAAAAUACUGCUAGACAGUAAAGUUAAACAUUAAAAGCAAAUGCACGUUGGCUUAUUCAGUUCAACUCAGUUUAUUUAUAUAGCGGCAAUUCACAACACAUCAAUUCAAGGCACUUUACAAAGUCAGCUCUAUCGAAUCGUG